AUGGCGAAAAAAAAGACAUCAAAACAGUUAGCUAAAAUUUCACCAAAGAAGAAACCAUGUGAUAUGUAUGAAAAAAUAUCAGCUUCAAGUUUUAUUGUAAACACGCCAGAAGAUGAUAAAAAAUUAUUAAAAACACAAGGAACACAGAUUAAAAAAAAAAAGAAAAAAUUAUCUAAGGUCCAUAACAUAAAUAAUUUGAAAAAUUCUAAUGCUGCGGUUCUCCCAGAUAAGAGACAUUAUAGUCAAGUAGAUGAAUGUUUUGUACUGCUUUCAGAUUGUUAUGAGCACAAAAAAAAUCAUAAAUCUCACAAGGCUUCUACUAGCAAUAUAACAGAGAAAAGUUUAAAGAAUGACAAUGGUUAUUUAUCAAUGUUAAAAACCAAAGAACAAAACCUUAAAAAAAAAAAGAAAGAAGAUUCUAAGGUUCAAAAUAUAAAUAAUUUGAUAAACGCUAAAGCUGUGCCUCAUACAAAGAAGAGACAAUAUAGUCAAAUGAAUGAAUGCUUUGUAUUGCUUCCAGAUUGUAAUGAGCUCAUAAAAAAUCAUAAAUCUCGCAUAAGUUCCAUUGGAAAUGAUACAAAGAACAGUUCAUUGAAUGAUAAAAAUAAUUCAUCAAUGUUAAAAACCAAAGAACCAAACAUUAAAAAAAAAAAGAAAGAAGAUUCUAAGGUUCAAAAUAUAAAUAAUUUGAUAAAUGCUAAAGCUGUGACUCAUUCAAAGAAGAUACAAUAUAGUCAAAUGAAUGAAUGCUUUGUAUUGCUUUCAGAUUGUAAUGAGCACAUACAAAAUCAUAAAUCUAGCAUGGCUUCUACUAGCAAUAAUACAAAGAAUAGUUCUGAGAAUGACAAAGAUUAUUCAUCAAUAUUAAAAACACAAGGAAAAAAUAUAAAAAGUAAAAAUAAAAUAGAUUCAAAGGUCCAAAAAAUAAAUAAUUUUAUAAAUGAUAAUGCUGUGGCUCAUACAAAGAAGAGAAAAUAUAGUCAAAUGAAAGAAUGCUUUGUAUUGCUUUCAGAUUUUAAUGAGCACAAAAAAAAUCAUAAAUCUCACAAGGCUCCUACUAGCAAUAAUGCAAAGAAUAGUGCAGAUAAUGAAAAAGAUUAUUCAUCAAUGUAA